GAGCUUGCUGUGAUGUCGAGAGUGAGUGCGCGUCAAAAACUUGACUGUGCCGUAUGCGCGCACUCGCUACUCACAAGAAUGCGUCUCUGCUCGGCUUCUUUCUCUCAACCCUUUAGAUGAGAAAGGGAACCUAGAAGGGGAACAGGCUGUUGAGGGAAAUAAAUUAGCUUCAAAACCACAGAAAGCAGCCACGUUCGGAAGGUUUUGGAUUGGCAAAAGGGCAGAGCAGAGACUAGGAUCAAUUAAAACCGAGUCAAUCCCGUUACAACGGGCUGCGUUGUAAUAAUACCAAGGUCAGUACACUGAACGAGCGCACAAACCCACGUAAUUUAACGUCUUAGACUGGGUACUGAAUUCCGAGACGGGGAAAUCACCACCAGCCGCAGCUGAAGAUGGAGGGGGUGAUGCAAGGGAUGCAAGCAUACGGUGCGGGGAAGGCUGGAGGAGCUUUCGACCCAUUGACGUUCUUUCAACAGCCUCAAACGAUCCUUCGGCUUGUGUGCUGGCUCUUCUCCAUCGUGAUCUUUGGCUGUAUAGCCAACGAGGGCUAUGUGAACCGGCCUGACGAGAUUGAGGAGUUCUGCAUCUUCAACAGGAACCAGAAUGCCUGUAACUAUGCAGUGGGGAUGGGAACCCUGGCUUUCCUAAGCUGUGCUGCCUUUCUGGUCCUGGAUGUCUACUUCCCCCAGAUCAGCAGCGUCAAGGACCGCAAGAAGGCUGUGCUUGCUGACAUUGGAGUGUCUGCAUUCUGGUCAUUUGUCUGGUUUGUGGGGUUCUGUUUCCUGGCCAACCAGUGGCAGGUUGCCAAGGAGGAGGACAACCCUCUAAGGGAGGGUGCGGACGCAGCCCGAGCCGCCAUUACCUUCGCCUUUUUCUCCAUCUUCACCUGGGGUGCUCUGACACUGCUGUCCCUGGAGAGGAUAAAGAGAGUGUCGUUCGAAGAAGAGUACAACAAACUGUUCAUUCCGUAGCCCACACCACCACUAGCCUAAUGAUAGAUAUCCUGACCCUCACAUUAUUUCGCUCACACCAACUUCCCGUCCAGGCUGUCUGAAUGAUGUCCUCCUUAGAUGGCCAAACAUAUUGAAGGAGUACCUUGUAUUUGUUUACUAUGAUUGGCUAGUGUUUACAGCUAGGAUCUGCUUUCUAGAUUCAGAUUGCCCUUCCAAAGUGCCUUGAUAUCAAACCAUUGCCAAAAAUGAGUGUCUUUGUGGGGUUAAAACGGUGGUAUUCUACUGUUGACAUAUCAGGUUCUCCAUUGCCUGGCAUAGUAAUCCACCAUUUUAGCUAUGUUCACCUUUGCUGGUUGUCUCAAUUCAUUUUUAUGUAAAGUGUUAUUUUGAUAAAAUAAUUUGAUUCCGUGGUACCAUUCAAUUUAGAUUGAUCCCAACCAUGCAAAGUGGCCCUACAGAAAAUGUUCAAUCAGGAAAUUAUUAGAAAGUGAUAAAAAUGUACAGAGUUCAUACCAAUUUGAUCCCAAACCUUGUUAGAUUGUAUCUUAGAUAUGUAGUAAUUCUUCACAUUUUAUUUCAAUGCCAAAACUACAAAUCUGUGAAGGAAAAGCUAUGAGCUCUUUUCUCCUCCUCUCCCUAAUCUAGCCUUAUGCUUCCCCAUACACACAUGCCACAGCUGUAGCUAACUACUACAGCUUAAUGACAUGCGUUUAGUGUUACCAGGUCCAGCUGGCUGCAACCACUAUGUGAAUCUGUCUGUUAUUUUGUAUUAUGAGUUUUCUUUUCGUUUGGAUAUUUUUGCUUUGUAUAUGACACUGGGAUGAUUUGUGAAUGUUUAUUAUUCAUGAUAAAUUGUUACUGUUGGAUUAAAAAGAAAUAAAUCAGACGUUUUCUGA